AUGUCGGUGUUCGGUGCGCGGCCAGACUUCAUGGACAAGAAAGAUCAUCAUCCCAAGCCCGUCAAGCCUCUAGAUGCUGCCCUGCAUCUCUCCGUCAAUCCCUCGAAACGACUGUUGCCUUCUUGUCACCGCGCCAGUGUGUCGUCAACUGCGUCCGGAUCCACCGAUUCGUCCCCGACAACCACCCUCUCCAUCUUCGACGGCUCGUCAGUCACAGACACUUCCGGAAGCUCUUCUCCCGAUUCACCGUUGCCCAUGUCCUUUCCAUACGCCAAGUUCAAGUCGCCAUCGCGUCCUGUCGAGGGUCAGCUAGCGCAGACGGCACAGAAUAAUAUUCCGGGGCUCCCUUCAGAUCUACCGGGGCCCCUGCGUUCGGAAUCGCCAGGGAGGCGAGCGCGGAAUCUCAAGAAUCUAUCCUUGACGGUCCCUGCGCCGUCGAGAGCUCGUCCCUCCAUCACAACAUCAUCAAUUCUUGAGACAAGUUCCCAGCACCAUCUCUCUGCACCGCCUUCGCCGAUUAACCCCCCCGUCAAGACCGCCCGCCGUCGCCCUGCGAAUCUCACCAUCCGAACGCCCGGUCCAGACAUGUCUUUCGGCAAUGGCAUCAGGGAACUCGUUCCUCCCACCCCGUCCGGAGAUCUGGUUUUGAGGCACGCGGAAUCUUCACCCUCGUUGACGUCGGUCUUUUCACCCACCUUUGGCCCCAAGGCAGGAAUGCAGUUACCUCGUCCAAUCACGCACCAUGGUGUGAGACGGCUAUCCGCGGACCAUUAUUCUUCUCAGAAUGCCAUGGCUGACCGCGUACUGCAUGAACUUGACGAAGAGGACGAUGAUCUUUUGGACUCGCGAGAAUCGGCGAGAAAGGACGAGCGGGGCUAUCCAGAUGGGCCUAUUCGUAUAUACGACUCGGGCGUGUUCCUGUAUUUAGAGCCAACAGCGCAGGAGGCUUCGAAGUUCGAUGUGGUUGUGAACGUGGCAAAGGAGAUUCCUAAUCCAUUCACACAGACCCGUCCAGGAAGCGGCACCCCUGUGGAUACAUGGCGAGACGCAGUGGAUUCAAAACGGAUGUCAUUCGCCGAACCACAGACGGCAUUAUCAGAAGCAUCCUUCCGAUCCGCUGUUGAGUACCAGCCCGAGGUUUCUUCAACCCCGACCCCUACCCAAGAGGAGGAACGGAUGCCCGAGUACUUUCACGUUGGGUGGGAUCACAAUUCCGAGAUCCUAGAUGAUCUGCAAUCUCUCUGUGAGUUGAUCGACUCUCGGGUUGCACAAGGAAAGAAAGUGCUGGUUCAUUGCCAGCUAGGUGUCAGUCGGUCCGCAUCCCUGGUUAUUGCCUAUGGUCUGUACAAAAAUAGACACUUGGAUUUCAACUCCAUGUAUAGCAUUGUCAAAGAACGGAGUCGUUGGGUGGGUCCCAAUAUGAGCCUUAUUUACCAACUCACGGAGUUUCGUUCGAGGCUACAGCGUGAACAGCUGGAUAAUUCUACCCCGAAGGACUAUUGGUUCAUGACAGGCCCUAGGAGGUCUUCGGAACCGCAACCAUCUCCAUCAUCGGAAAAUCAACGGCCGGGUGCUCUUGGCCAUCAAGGCUCCUUCACGCAAAGAGCCAUCUUUUCGAAGCCCCUUCUCUCCUGGGAGUUUGGGUUUCCAGAUGGCUUCUGCCAAACGAACUUUGGCUCCACGACCGCUUCCUUUGAGGGACAGCUUUCAGUCUUUCGAGCCGCCUUUUCGACUAAGCUCACAACGACCGGGAAAUGA